AUGGCGGCAUCGCAGAGGUUGACUUCGGCGACUACGGCCUCGGCGUGCAUCCCGGAUACGGCGCGGGGCACGCACGUGUUCACGGUCGCCGGCUACAGGCUGCACAAGGGCCUCGAUGUCUGCUACUUCAUCAGAUCUGCCACCUUCGCCGUCGGCGGCGACGACUGGUGCAUCCGCUACUACCCCGACGGAGACGGACUUACGACCAAAGACUACGUUUCAGUCUGCGUCGAGCUCCAGAGCAAGAACUCCGUGGUGAGGGCGCUCUACGACCUGAGGCUUACCAACCGGGCAACCGGUCUGUCUUCACUCAUCUUCUCCCAGCCGUCGUCCUUCCCGGCGUUCGACUCCUGCAACUGUAAGAACGAGCAUGUCAGGGGGGCUUACAUAUUCAUGAAGAGGGACCUCUUGGAGGCAUCCCCCUACCUGCAGGAUGACUGCAUCGUGAUCCACUGGAUGUGA